AUGCUCAGAUCUCAUGUUAAGUUGGCUUACAUGCCAACAAGGCUCCUAUCACAAACCUAUAGAGUCCCAUUCCAAGCGAGAAAUUCUAUAUUAGACAAGCAGCACAGAUUAGAACAGGAUACAGUUGAAUCACCUACACAAUUGGCUCAAGAGUCUCAUUUGCCGGUAGUGGAACAAGACUUAAAAAUCAAGCCACGUCAACCCAAAGCCAAGGCACCUUUCUUAUCAAAAGCAGAAGAUGAUCCAAACAACGCAAGGCUAUCCUCAUUCAAGGAAAAAAUUGGUCAAUGGAUUGUUUCUACUUUUUCCGUUGAUAUGGAUAAAUCAAGAAGUGGUCCAGUUGCCGGUGGGAUCUAUUUUGGUGAGUGUAAAAGACAAGCUCUAGUGUAUCCUAAUGAACCAAUGAGUGACACAGCUAAAUUCUAUUACCAGACUUUGGGGUUGCCCAUGUCAUUUUCGCAACAAGUACAAAUAACUAUUUUACAUUAUUGGAUUCUUUCAGUUAGAAUGAGGGCUCUACCUUUCAAAUAUGCCAAACAGUAUCAACAAAAACUAGUUGAUCGUAUAUUUGAAGAUUUGCUGUCGAGAAUGACUACUGAAUUGGGUAUAAAAUCGGGAAGGAUUAUUGAAGGGUACUUAAAAGAUUAUCAUACGCAAAUGUUGGGAAGUGUUUUGAGUUACGAUGAAGGGUUAAUGACUGAUGAUAUCACGUUAGCCGCUGCAUUGUGGAGGAAUGUGUUUAAUGCCAAUGACAAUGUUGAUAUAAGGCAUGUUGAGGCGUUGUUGGUGUACGUGAGAUCACAAUUGUACGUGUUGAACAAAAUGACUGAUAGGGCAUUUGGAUUCGGCAAGUUCAAAUUUGUACCACCAGAUCAAGUUGUGCAGCCGAUUUCCAAACAGCAAGAGGAGUUGAUCAAACAAAAGACGAAGGAAGAGUUUGCUGGUAUGACAUUACCAUCUCAAAAAUCAGUAUUAUCAAUGGAUGAAUAG